AUGAGUUUCUUAACCAGUUAUGCUCAGAAGGUGGAGAAGAGAAAAAAGGUUGAAGAAAUGGAUAAUAGUGAGGAAUUAGACAAUAAUGUACUUGAGGAACAUCCUAUCUUUAAUCCUCAGGUACACUGGAAGAAACAAGUACCAAAUUUAGUCAUGAGUUUAAGAAUCCAAAACAACUUAAGAGCAUGUUAUGUGAUUAUGUUGCUAAGAAUGGCUAUCAACUAUGGUUCAAAAAAACAACAAAGGGCCAAACAGUAUGUUAUGGAUAUUAUUGAAGGUGCCCUUAUUGAUCAUUAUGCUAAGCUUUGGUCAUAUAGAGAGGAAAUUAGAAGAUCUAACCCUGGUUCAACAAUGAGCAUGGACGUACUUACAAUGCCAGAUGGAACUGAUCACUUUAAAGGGUGCACGAAGGUGAUUGGAAUUGAUGAAUGCUUCUUGAAAGGGUAUGCUACUUGUGAGUUGCUUUGUGUUAUGGGGAGAGAUGCUAGGGACCAAAUAUACCCAAUUGCAUGGGCAGUGGUAUGUGUUGAAAACAAGGAAAACUGGAAAUGGUUUCUGUUAUUGUUAAGUGAUGAUCUCAAUCUUGGUUUGGGACAAGGUUUAAAUCUUAUGUCAGACCAAUACAAGUUUGCAUGUAAUGCAACAACAGAACAAUCUUUCAAGGAAAUAAUGAAGGAUAUUGAGCUUAUGAGUCCAGAGGCAAGUAACUACUUGAUAGAGAAGGACCCUAGAACAUGGUCAAGAGCUUACUGUCAAGUUGGUAGAUGUUGUUCUAGUGUGGAGAAUAGAAGAUGUGAAAGUUUCAAUGCAGUCAUAGUUGAAGACAGUAAGAAACCUAUCAUCACAAUGCUUGAAGAAUUGAGAAUGUAUAUGAUGAACAAGUUAUUCACAGCAAAACUCAAUGGAUGGUCAAGUGAUGUUUCACCUGAAAUAAGGCUGAGGUUGAAUGAAUUAAAGGUUAAUCAAAGGUUUUGGGAGGUAUUGCCAAGUGGACUCAACCAGUUUGAGACUAGGUCGAGAAGUAAGGCAUAUGAUGUUGAUUUAGACAAGAGGACAUAUUUAUGCAUGAUGUGGCAACUUAAUGGUUAUGGGUGUGUUCAUUAUGUAGCUGCCAUUAGCUACCUCAAUAGAGAUGUGGAGAAAUACAUGGAUCCUUAUUUUUGUAGAGAAAUGUAUAUAAAGACCUACCAGUACUAA